AACAUUAAUUCCAGAGUAAAACUGUGUGAAAGUCAUGCAGAGCUAAUCUUUGGAGUGGCGUUUGGACUGACGAGACGAUGGCGGCGGAGCGGCUCGUCUCCAUGCUCUCGUUCGCAGGGGAAGUGCUUGUGUUCCAGUGCUCAAAACCCCGAGAUCAUCGCAAAGGCUCAGAAGUUUCUUUCCUCCGUCUUUCCUUCGAUCAAACCCUGCAAACCUUCUCCGUUACAGAUCAUAGCGCACACCCGAUACACAGAGAAAGCUCUUCAGAGACGCUCAUCGUUCACUGCGCUUCUGCAUUCGAUGCGCAACUGAGACAAAAAGUGCCUUGUGUUUUACUGAGAAUAUGCAAGAAAAGGACAUCAGCUUUUAAAUACAUGCUUUACUCCAUCGGAGGAAAGCUUCAUGUUGAGUUCGCCUUACCGUACGAGAUUAGAGACCAUAUUUCUAUAUUGCAGGGUCCCACGUUGAUCUGGAGUCACGAAAGCUCAGUUUUCUGGGCGUCGUCGCAGAGCGGCGGCGUUAAAGAAGUCCCGAUUCCUUUUAAAUCGAUCAAGUUUAUUGGCGAACUUCCUCUUCAUAAAAGAAAACUAGUGAUUCAAGGCACUACGAAUGAUGUGAAAAACACACUGUAUUUCAUCGGCGGCGACGACGAACACUGUGACGCCGCAUGUUUGGUGCCGAACGCUUACGUCUCUGUGCUGCAGUGCAUGCUGGUCCUCUCCGCGGAGGAAGAUGGCGGAUCGAUCAAGUCACGUGUUCUGGCGGCCACGAGCACCAAACAACUGGUUCGCUUUGAGGACGGAUUCCCGCGCGAUGUGUGCGCUCUCCCGUACGAGCAUCCGCUGAGCGUUCGGGCGGUUCAUACGCCGAGGAACGAGCGUCUCGUCGUCGUGAGCUUCAGUCAGGGGAACGUCUGCGCCGUGUGGAACGACACUUUCCAGGUGGCGUGGUGUGUGACAGGAGUGUGUCUGCUGCUCGUCGACGACUUCAUGAGAGUCGGGUCGGAUCAGAUGCUGCUCGUGUUCGAGGACCAGGACUCUCCCGGAGAUCUGCUCAGAAACUUCAUGCUCACCGAUCUGUGCGGCGUCACGUAUUCUUGUGGACGCUCAGACGGGGCCGUCCUGAACACAUCCGACUCCGUGCCGGAGAACUUUCUUCUCACCGUUCAAGCGCUAGAGUCCAGACUGCAGAGCGGCAUGAACUUCCUUGAAGACCUUCAGAGAGACGUGGAGGUCAAAGACAGACUCAUACUACAGUCAUUAGUGGCCUUGACUGACCUGGUAUCCGGAAGAGAACAUGUGAUAUUCCCUCCAGAACAGGAAGGGCUUGUUUCUCUGUGGGAUGAUGAUGCUGGCGAUGAAGAACCUGAUGUCUUGGAUGAUGGGAUGGACACUGAAUGUGCUGAAGCUCUUCUGGAAGUGGACAGAGUUUGGCAGAGAGUCGUUGGACAGAGUUUGAUCGUCGGUGUCGUUCUGAAACCCACGAAUAACACGUCUGUAAUGAAUAUGAGCGUUUCAGUCGUGGAUUCUGGAGCCGCUCUCAUUAUAAACACUAAGAUCCUGCCGUUUCCGGAGUCAGAUGUGUGUGUUGCUCUCGGCCCGUUUGAGGCGAAGAACAUCAGACGCUCGGAUCGUCCCGCAUCAACACUUGCUCUGGUCGCCGUCACUGAUUUGGCUCCUUUAUUAACCUCAGGCUGCAUCAAAUGGCCCAUCAUGCUCCAUUACAGCACCAGAGAAUCAUCCGGGUGUUCUCGGGUUUCUCAGUUCUGCGGGAAAAUCUCAGUGGAUCUCAAAGAUAUUUCCAUGGGGAAGUUUCAUCCACGUCUGUUACAGGACAGCAAACUCAACACAGACGAGGCCAGAGAAGACCUGCUCAGUCUGACUGCGCUGUUGGACUCCUGGUUGUUCCUCAUCGAGUGUCCGGAUCACACGCUGGCGGAUGUGCAGGGGUUUCUUCACGAGUCUCUGUGUGUUUCGGUGCUGGACGUCGACCCGCGGGUCAUGGCUGACCCGACUGACCUCAGGCUCUUCCACUGGGACCAGAGAUCCCCGUUCCAGGCGCUGUUGAGCGUCCAGUGCAUGGACGACCUGCGUUUGCUGCAGUUCCUGCACUCGCUGUGUGACUUCCUGCCUGCGUCGCAUCAUAUCCUGUUUCUGGAGACCCGGAGGUCACGCGGACCCGGGCCGGAUCUGGGCCGGACUCUGGAGACGGAGAUCAACACUGCAAUACAGGACCUGUCGUUCGUGCUCCAGUGUGGAGAGAGAGGAAUGACGGGACGAGAGGAAUCAGACACCGAAUCCUCAGAGCCGCUCCAGAGACUGAGGGAGGCGUGGCUUAGGGAGCGUGGGCGGAGCCACACGAGGCUCCGCCCCCUGGUGGACGGCUCCGCCUACAGCAGACUCGUGGAGCGGAUGAUUGACAGGCAGCUGGACGCUGAUGAAGUCGCUCUGAUGGAAGCGGCUCGUCUGUAGGUAAAGGA